AUCCGAGAAUCGCGCAAACGAUUCCCCAGAAAACAACAUUGUUGCUGUUCCUCUUUCUCUUCUUCGUUUUCGUUCCUUCAAUCAUCGUGAUUCUCUCUCUGGGUAAUUCUCCACCCUACCACUAUUCCUUCCAACCAAAAAGAAAAAGCAAGAUACCAUACCAUACCAUCCAGCAAUCAGCAUCACUACUCAUGACCCAGCCAGCCACAGCCACUACCAUAGCCAUCCCCCUUUCCACCAUAAUUCCUUUCCCUUGAAAAUUCCCACUCAACCCCAGUUUGCCAUCGCAUACAUCCAUACAUCCUCUACCCUUGAGUUUCACAAGGGGCUCAUCACCCAUGGACGCAAAUCCCACCCACCGCCCCAAGCGCCGUCGCCUGGACACGCCGGAUAGACACCAGCACCAGCAUCAACAAUCGCACUACCAAACCCCCUCCCACCACCACCAAAACCACCUCUCGCAUAAAAAGAACACCAACACCCCCGCCAGCAGCACGAAACACAACGGCUACCACCCGAAAACCCAAUCCCCGGUACUACCACUUGCGCCACCACCAGCAGCAGCAGCAACCGCAAGGCCAAGCUCCGCCGCCGCCGCCGCCAACGACCCCGACUCCGACUCCUCGGACGAACUAGCCGCGGGCUCCGAGCACGACGAGGCCGAAGAACGCCGCCGCCGCGCUAGCUGGAGCAUCCAAAAGCAGAAGAACGUGUAUCCGCCGCAGCGGCCGUAUCAUCCGCCGGAGCGGCGCAGUCUGAGUGGUUCGGAGAGUCCGGAUGAGUUGACCAUUGAUGCGGAGGAGUAUUGGCGGUCGACGAGUCGGAAGCGUGGGUCGAUUGGGAUUGCCGCCGGAGACGACGAACCCCCCCGCGACAACUACCCCGGAGACAACGAAGACGAGGAGAUGGUCAACGCCGAUGAUGGCCUUGAUGUCGACGAACCGAAUGGCGAUCUGGUGGAAGACACCCCAGAGUCGUACCCCGACCGGUCGCUUACGCCCGUCUCCCAACCGCCGCCACCGCCGCCGAAACCGGAUAAGGUGGAUUAUCGCGCGAAGUUCCUACUUCGCGGUCAUCUGCGGGGAGUGUCCGCCGUGCGGUUCUCGCCAGAUGCGUCGAUGAUCGCGAGUGGAGGAGCGGACGGGGCUGUCAAAGUGUGGGACACGGUGACCGGGAAAUUGAUCCAUUCGUUUGAGGGCCAUUUGGCGGGUAUCUCUACGAUCUCGUGGAGCCCGGAUGGGGCGACUAUCGCAUCGGGAUCGGACGACAAGACGAUCCGACUGUGGAACGUCCUGACGGGCAAGGCGCAUCCGAUCCCGUUCGUCGGCCAUCACAACUACGUCUACCAGAUCGCGUUCUCCCCGAAAGGCAACAUGCUCGUCAGCGGCUCCUACGAUGAGGCGGUCUUCCUGUGGGACGUGCGGUCGGCGCAGGUGAUGCGGUCGCUGCCGGCGCAUUCGGAUCCGGUGGGCGGCAUCGACGUGGUCUGGGACGGGACGCUGAUCGCCUCGUGCGCGACGGACGGGCUGAUCCGCAUCUGGGACACGGCGUCGGGCCAGUGUCUGCGCACGCUGGUGCACGAGGACAACCCGCCCGUCACGGCGGUCAAGUUCUCCCCGAACGGGAAGUACGUGUUGGCGUGGACGCUGGACGACUGCGUGCGACUGUGGGACUACGUGGCCGGCCGGUGCAUCAAGACCUACCAGGGUCACAGCAACCGGAAGUACAGCCUGCAGGGCGGGUUCGGCACGUACGGCGGAGGGCCCGCCACCGGGACGCCGGUGUAUGCCUUUGCGGUCAGCGGCAGCGAGGACGGUGCCGUGCUGUGCUGGGACGUGGUGAGCAAGCAGGUCCUGCAGCGCAUUGAGGGCCACACGGGCGUGGUGCUGGGGGUGGAUACGUGCUCGCUCGGCGGGGCGCGGCUGAUGGUCAGUUGCGGGCUGGAUGGGACCGUUCGCGUCUGGGAGGAGGCGAGCACCGCCGGCGAUGCGCAUGCGCAUGCGCAUAGCCCGACGAUCAACGGCGCGCAGACGAAUGGCACAGGGCUGAACGGCUACGGGGGUUCGAUCUCUGACCCCAACACGCCGGCCGAACUGGCGGGCACUGAGGACGCAACGCCGAUGGCCACGACCACGACGGAGUCUGGGUUGGCCCAGACCAACGGACACCAUAGCAUGCCCGAGCCAGAAGAUACCGAAAUGGGUGGGGCCUGAAUGAUCAGAGCAAUCAUAUCAACAGCAUCUUAUGUACUGUACAGCGGUGUAAACCAAGGGAUCAAUGGAGUGGCGUUUCAAGGUUGAGGGUUGGGUGGUUAGGUGGUUGGGUUGUAUACUAGACAUGAGGGAUGAACCACAAUUACUCAACAUCUACUGUCAGAAAUUAAGGGCAGACAAAAUUCCUACCGGCGGAGGAUGGAGGAUCGUCUGUUUGCAUGUAUUAUUAUCUCUAAUGCCUAUGCCCUGGAAAGAAUCUCAGGCCCGCUCAAUGUAUUGUCUCUGACGGAAAGCCGAGAUGGAGCCAGACC